AUGGCAGAAAUUAGUUUCUUGAUUAUUUUGUACACCAGUAUUAUAAUAUCUGCUGAACACUGUGUACCUCGGAACUUUGGAGAUGAUAGUAAUGUUUGUGUAUGCAAUGCUACAUAUUGUGACUCAGUAAUAUUACAACUACCUCAUGAUGGACAGUUCAGAAUAUACGAAUCUAGUAAGAGUGGUCAACGAUUACAAUCAAGACUUGACCAUUUCGAUACAAUGAUGGAAAACGGUAUAAAACUUUAUUUACAACUUGAAAAAAAAUAUCAAGCUAUUCAUGGCUUUGGAGGUGCAUUUACUGAUUCCGCUGGAAUUAAUAUUGAGAGUCUCAGUGAUUCAACUCAAGAAAAAUUAUUGCAAUCAUAUUUUAGUGAAGGUGGAAGCAGAUAUAAUUUAGGCCGCGUUCCGGUUGGAGGUACUGAUUUCUCUACAAGGCCUUAUACGCUUGACGACACUCCGGAAGAUAUUUCAUUGAAAAAUUUUUCAUUAACAAAAGAUGAUACAGAUUACAAGAUACCAUUUAUGAAGAGAGCUCUUGAAAUAAAUAAUGAAUUGAAUUUUAUAGCUGCUUCAUGGACAGCACCCGCGUGGAUGAAAACAAAUAAUAAUUAUACUGGAUUUUUAGGAUUUUUAAAAAAACAGUACUAUCAAACAUAUGCUGAAUAUUUAGUUAAAUUUUUGGAAAUUUAUAAAAGUAGAGGUCUAAAAAUUUGGGCUAUAUCUACAGGGAACGAACCUGCAAAUGCUUUUGUACCAGAAUUAGUCAAAUUUAAUGACAUGGGUUGGACUCCUAAUACAGUAACACCAUGGGUUAUUAACAAUUUAGGACCAACUAUAAAUAAUUCGACAUCGAAUGAAACAAUUAUUUUAGCAUUAGAUGAUCAGCGGUUUGAUUUGCCUUGGUAUAUUCAGGCAAUGUAUGAGUAUAGUAACGAAAUUGACAAAUAUAUUGCUGGUAUUGCUACCCAUUGGUACAUGGAUAAUUAUUUUUCAAUUGAUUUAUAUGAUCGAACUCAUUCUGCAUUUCCAAACAAGUUUCUUCUUAUGACAGAAGCAUGUACUGGAAGUGCAUCAUGGGACAUUCCAAAAGUUCGAUUAGGAUCUUGGCAAAGAGGCGAAAGAUAUAUCACAAGCAUCAUAGAUGAUUUAAAUCAUUGGGUCACUGGAUGGGUGGAUUGGAAUCUUGUAUUAAACGAAGAAGGUGGUCCUAAUUGGGCUGGAAAUUUUGUCGACUCUCCAAUUAUUGUAAAUUCCAAAGAAGAUGAAUUUUAUAAACAGCCCAUGUAUUAUGCAAUCGCACAUUUCAGUAAAUUUAUUCCACGAGGAUCUACUCGAAUUGAUCUUAGCUCUCACAUUGACAUUAGAUCUGUUGCUUUUAUUACACCAAAUAAUACUAUUGUUAUAGUGCUUUACAACAUGGAUAAUCAAUCUAAAAAUGUCACCAUCGUCGAUCCAAAUAAAGGAAAUAUCAACUCAAAAGUUUCACAACAGACUAUACAGACAAUUAUUUAUAGAAAAUGA